AUGCUCCAGCGACGUCUGCCCAACAGACAGAAUCGAGACUCCGACCUCCAACCGAGGCUCGCCACGGCCGGGACGACCGACGUCUGGGCGAGCCGGAAGCCACAACCGAUCGAUCCGACGCGGAUCGAAGCGGCCAUUGAAUCGGGACGAGGCGGCCUGAGACAGGCACGUUUGGCGCUGGAGAGUGCGGCUGCCGCUGCCGCUGCCGCCGCAGCAGCCGCCAUGGCCUGCCGCUAUUUGCCCGAGCUGGCCAGACAAUCGUCGGCGGCAGCCGCAAGCGCGGCCGUUGCGGCUGCCGCCUCCGGCACGACCUGCUCAAGCGCGCCGCCGCCCGCGUGGCCCUCGACUCUCGCGACCGCCUGCCUCCCACCCCACCCACCGCUGCCGCCCUCCGACAACUGCCCGCCUCCGUCGCCUCACGACACUCUGCACCACUUCUAUUCUCAACUCGGCCAAUCACACCUCACGCCGCCGCCGCAACACUCGUCCGUCUAUCCACAACCCAAUCACCACCUGCCACCAGACGUCGCCAACCACUACCACCGUCUCCACGAGCGGCAUCAUCAGCAUCACCACCAACAGCAGCAGCAACAGCCGCCGCCACCACCGCCGCCGCUCGGCCAAAAGGGCGACGCGCCGACGGGCGGCCUGGCCGGCGCAUGUCUGUCCGCGACGAUGGCCGAUCGCCUGCAGCCACACACCGACACUGGGCACGAGGACUUCGCGGCCGGCCGACCUCCGGCCGCCGCGAUGGUCUGCCAAUUCCACAGCCUCCCCUCGGACCACAUGCAGCAGAGCCUGUUGGCCGCACACUCAUACUUCCACUCGCCCGGCCUCCACCACGUCAUGGGCCAGCCGUCACCCGGCGCCUACGCCCCCUCGGCCUACCUCGGACACCACUUGCAGUCCUCGCCGCUCCGCACUCGACACGACCUCCUCGCCACCGGCAUCUACGAUCCCGACGAAUUGGGUACGUCCUACGACCCCUCCCACCCUCUAUCUCUCUCUCUCUCUCUUACACAAAAAACAUACAAUCACAAAUCGCCUUCAAGUCUGUGA